UAACAACAACCUGGCAACUCUAUUCCGCGCCGCGGGCUGGCUUGAAUUAUUUACAAAAACAUGGCUAAUGUCAACAAGAAAGUAACGCUAAUUCCUGAACGAAGCAAAGUCAUAGAAAACAGACGUUUAAACAAACGUCAGACUACUUUGAGAGCAUUUACAUUCAUUCGUGACUGGGAACUCAGAGUAUCACCAAUACCUAGAAGUAUCCAACAGGAAUCUGGAUCUAGCCAGGUUAGUUCAUCGUCACCCAUCCCUCGCAUCAGUCCAGGGCCUGCUGUUAUAGGAAAUGCCUCUCCGUUUAGCGAAAGAAGUCAAACUGAUGAAAGCAUUUCAUCAGGACCCACAGUUAAGCAUUCAGUGGUGCAGCAUUCUCGAAGUAAAAACAGACAACGAAAACUUGUCAGCCAUAGUUCAAUUAAGUCUUUGCUAGAAUCAACGCGAUUGUCCACAGGAAUACCGGAAGACGACCGUAACAUCAGCCCCUACCAGGAUGCUGCAUCUCAGCCAUCACAUCAAAAUGUAUCUACAGUUAAGAAUGCAGGAGAUGGCAAAAGUAUCUCCAAUAUUGACGCUCCAUCUCUGCUUUCACAACCUCAUAUAUCUACAUUUGAGAGUGCAGAAGAAUCUGAACCAGCAAGUGAGAUCUCGAUGCACGCUAAUGCCAUUGAGGAAGGGUUGUCAGAUUCUGGUCGGAGAGUCAAAAGAUCAAGAACAAGGCUGACUGAAGCAUCAAGAGCAAACACGACUGCAAGAAAUGUCUCUCAAAUUCACCAAGAACAGAACAAUGAAAAUGUUGAGAGUGCAAAAGAAUUUGAACCAGCAAGUGAGAUCUUGAUACAUGCUAAUGCCGUUGAGGAAGGGUCAUCAAAUUCUGGUCCAACAGUCAAGAGAUCAGGAACAAGGCUAACUGAAGCAUCAAGAGCAAAGACAACUGCAAGAAAUGUCUCUCAAAUUCACCAAGAACAGAACAAUGAAAAUGUUGAGAGUGCAAAAGAAUUUGAACCAGCAAGUGAGAUCUUGAUACAUGCUAAUGCCGUUGAGGAAGGGUCAACAAAUUCUGGUCCAACAGUCAAGAGAUCUGGAACAAGGCUAACUGAAGCAUCAAGAGCAAAGACAACUGCAAGAAAUGUUUCUCAAAUUCACCAAGAACAGAAUGAUGAAAAUGUUGAGAGUGCAAAAGAAUUCGAACCAGCAAGUGAGAUCUUGAUACAUGCUAAUGCCGUUGAGGAAGGGUCAACAAAUUCUGGUCCAACAGUCAAAAGAUCAAGAACAAGGCUAACUGAAGCAUCAAGAGCAAAGACGACUGCAAGAAAUGUCUCUCAAAUUCACCAAGAACAGAACAAUGAAAAUGUUGAGACUGCAAAAGAAUUCGAACCAGCAAGUGAGAUCUUGAUACAUGCUAAUGCCGUUGAGGAAGGGUUAUCAAAUUCUGGUCCAACAGUCAAGAGAUCAGGAACAAGGCUAACUGAAGCAUCAAGAGCAAAGACAACUGCAAGAAAUGAACAGAAUGAUGAAAAUGUGGAUAUUAAUGCCAACUUAUCUAAUACACCAAAUAGAUUGGUAGGAAGUUUUCUGGCAACUACCCCCUCAAUGUCAGCAUUAGCGGUACAAACUUCUCCAAAGAGUGGUCCUGCAUUUCGGAAGAAAGGAAGCUUAAAGAGAAGAUCACCAGGUGAAGGAAGGAAAGCAAAUGACAGGGCAGAGCCUCUUCAAAAAGGUAAAGUGUGCUUGUGGACAGCUUCUGAUAGGAAUCGAUCAGCUAGUGAUGUCACCGAACUCGAUGUUAUCUUAAGCAACAUCGAGGAAACCUGUUUGGAUUACAGGGAAGAAUUGACAGAGAAACACCAUAGAACAGCUGUUGCCAAGUUUUUUCUAAACACUAAAAAAGACUUUACAGAUAUGAUUGCAUUACGGCAAGAGCAGAAGUUUCUCAAGUCCUCUGUGAAAAAAGCAAGGUCCGGUGUUCACAAGAAAAGGAAGUUGUUACUUUCUCUCCAGCAACAAAAUGCAAGGUAAAUGUAGUAAAUAACAGGUCCUGUUGUUGCUCCUGAGGUGG